AUGGCCAACUCCAUCCUCAUUUUCUCAACCAUUUUGUUAUUCUUGAACCUCGUCACAGCACAAAAUUACAGUUUUUCAAGGACCUUAUCUCCUGAAGAACUUGGAAUCAAACCGACUAAACUAACCCACCUUCACUUCUACUUCCACGACAUCACCGAAGGUCCAAAUUCCACUGUCGUUACGGUCGCUGGCGCCCCAGAGGAGACGAGGAAUACGGCGACGUUUUUUGGUAAUGUGGUGGUGAUGGAUGACCCUUUGACAGUAGGUCCAGAGCUGAGCUCCAAACUCGUUGGAAGAGCACAAGGUAUAUAUACUUAUGCAUCUCAAAGUGAUAUUGGAUUGUUAUUGGUUUUAAACUUUAUUUUCAUGGAAGGAAAAUAUAAUGGUAGCACACUUAGCAUAUUGGGCCGUAACGCUAUAUUAUCAAAGGUGAGGGAGAUGCCGAUUGUGGCAGGCACUGGGAUUUUCAGGUUUGCUAGGGGCUAUGUUGAAGCCAGGACUUAUGAAUUUGAGCCUCAAAUAUCUUUGAAUGCUAUCGUGGAGUAUAAUGCCUAUGUGUACCAUUAUUGA